CACCCAACAAGGAGACACACUCAUAAACAGCAAGCAGACAGAGAGUCAGAAAGACACAGGAUCUCAGGGCAGCAGCAGUUCAAGCAAGCGAGGCAGACAGACACAGAGUUUCAUUGAGAGAAGAUGUUUUAUUAAAGGGAAAGGAUAAGUCACACAGAGACACACACAAGCUAAUAAACACUGAGCGUGCCACCAAGACAGAGACGCAGGGAGUAGCUAAACUCAAGUUAUAGGAGCAUUAGCCGUACAGGAGAAGCCUAAUAGGGAGACACAUACUGUACACACACACACACACACACAUAUACACACACGCACUGGUGCUGGUGCUGAGUGUGUGUGCUACUCGGUGUGAGGCGCAGGGUUGUUCAAUCCCAACAAGUGGAGCAUCUGCGAGGAAGCAGCAGCAGCAAGCGAGUGGAUGGAUGCCUUUUGCAGACUCAGCGGUCUGGACCCACUAUGGGACUGGAACCGUACGUGGUACACGGCCAAUCCAGACCUGACCCAGUGUUUCCAGAACACAGUACUGGUGUGGGUUCCCUGUAUCUACCUGUGGUUGUUGGCCCCUUUCUACUGCCUUCAUCUCUACUGCCAUGACUGCGGUCAAAUUCGGAUGUCCUGCCUUUGCUAUAUCAAGAUGAUGCUGGGUUUCCUGUUGUCCUCCUUUGGCUUUGUGGAGUUCUUCUAUAUCCUGCUGGAGAGGAGGGAAGAGAUUGAGCAGCACAUGGUCUUCCUACUCAGUCCCAUUGUGCGCACUCUAACUGUGAUUCUGGCGUUGUGCAUCAUCCAGUUGGAAAGAGUAAGGGGCUGUCGCUCCUCGGUGUUCCUCUUCCUGUUCUGGGUCUUGGCUGUCGUGUGUUCCCUGGUGCCUCUCCGAGCGAAGAUCCAGCUGGCUAUGGAUGAGGGCAUUACAUCCGACAUUGUGCGAUACCUCGCCUUCUUCUCUUACUUCGCAAUCCAGCUGGCCCAACUUAUCCUGUGCUGUUUUGCUGACCAGCCACCAGAAGGAAAAACUGUCUUGGAAAAGAAUCCUUGUCCCGUGAAAGAUGCUUCUUUCCUGUCAAAGAUUCUCUUCUGGUGGUUCACUGGCCUCGUUGUGAAGGGUUAUCGCGCCCCGCUGGCAGCCGAGGACCUGUGGACCCUGAGGGACGAAGACACGUCACACAAAAUCAUGUCAGAGCUUCAGCAGGACUGGACAGCAGAGUGUGCCAAACUUCAAAAGCAGGAGAAGGCCUUGGCAUCGGGUGUGGCGCUGGGGAGCCGACUGCCAGACCAGGCUCAGCUCCUCAGGAAGCUGCAGAAGGAGCAAAGCUCUGGCUUCUUCCUGCUCAGGACACUGGCAAAAAAGUUUGGUCCAUACUUCCUGACCGGCACCUUAUGCAUCAUAUUGCAUGAUGCCUUCAUGUUCGCCAUCCCCCAGGUGCUCAGUCUUCUCCUGGGUUUCAUCAGAGACGAAGACGCUCCGCUGUGGAAAGGCUACUUCUACGCCACGCUCAUGUUCCUGCUCUCCUGCCUCCAGUCUCUCUUCCACCAUCAGUACAUGUACACUUGCUUCACAGUGGGAAUGCGAGUGAAGACGGCUGUGAUGGGCCUCGUUUACAGGAAGUCUCUGGUGAUAAACAGUGCAGCCAGAAGGACUUGCACCGUGGGCGAGAUUGUGAAUCUGGUUUCAGCAGACACUCAGAAACUCAUGGACUUUGUGGUCUACUUCAACGCUGUCUGGCUGGCUCCCAUUGAGAUAGCACUUUGUCUCUUCUUCCUCUGGCAGCACCUCGGCCCGUCAGCUUUGGCAGGAAUCACCACCGUCAUCCUCAUCUUUCCACUCAACGGGUUCAUUGCCAAGAAAAGAAGCAAGCUGCAGGAGAUCCAAAUGACGUUCAUGGACGGCCGCAUCAGACUGAUGAACGAGAUUCUCAAUGGCAUAAAGAUCUUGAAGUUUUAUGCUUGGGAGAAAGCCUUCCUGGAGCAGGUGUUGGGUUACAGGGAGAAGGAGCUCAAGGCCCUGAAAAAGUCUCAGAUCCUUUAUUCCAUAUCCAUUGCAUCUUUCCAUUCCUCCUCUUUCCUGAUCGCCUUUGCCAUGUUUGGAGUCUACGUGAUGCUGGAUGAGCGGAACGUCCUGGACGCACAGAAGGUUUUUGUCUCCAUGGCGCUCAUCAACAUCCUGAAAACCCCACUCAGUCAGCUGCCUUUCGCAAUCAGCACAACCAUGCAGGCUGUGGUUUCUCUGAGACGUCUGGGAAAGUACCUGUGCUCCGAAGAACUGAAAGUGGACAACGUCUCAAAGGCUUCGUUGAGUUCUGAUGGGGAUGAAGUGAUGAUAGAGAACGGUACUUUCAGCUGGUCUGCAGAGGGCCCUCCAUGUCUUAAAAGGAUCAGCAUCCAUGUGCCACGAGGUUCCCUUGUCGCUGUGGUGGGACACGUGGGCAGCGGAAAGUCCUCGCUGUUGUCUGCCAUGCUCGGCGAAACCGAGAAAAGAAGCGGUGAAGUUGUUGUCAAGGGUUCUGUGGCGUAUGUGCCGCAGCAGGCGUGGAUCCAGAACGCCACAGUCCAGGACAACAUUGUGUUUGGCCGCGAGAAGAUGAAAACAUGGUACCACCGUGUGCUGGAAGCCUGUGCACUGCUGCCUGAUCUGGACAUUCUUCCUGCUGGAGAUGCUACAGAAAUUGGAGAGAAGGGACUGAACCUCUCGGGUGGGCAGAAGCAGAGAGUGAGCCUGGCGCGGGCCGUCUACAGGAAGGCUGACGUGUAUCUGCUGGAUGAUCCUCUGUCUGCCGUUGACGCCCAUGUGGGCCAGCACAUCUUUGACAAAGUCAUCGGACCUAAAGGAGUCCUCAGAGAUAAGACCCGCAUCCUGGUGACCCACGGGAUGAGCUUCCUGCCACAGGCUGACCUCAUUCUAGUGCUGGUAGAUGGAGAAAUCACAGAGAGUGGCUCCUACCAGGAGCUUCUCAACCGUCACGGUGCCUUCGCUGACUUUAUCCACACCUUUGCCAACAGCGAGCGAAAAGAGAGUGCCAUACAGAGAGCUGGCUCCAGGAGGUCCAACGCUCGUCUCAGCAUGGUCGAUUUCCUGCCGUUCUCCAGAGACCUGUCUCAAGAGCAGCUCAUUGGGGGUGACACCACCAGUACCAACCUGCAGAACAUGGAGCCCAUGCCUGAAACAGACCCAGAACAGGUUCCAGAGGACUUGGGCAAGUUGACUGUGGUUGACAAGGCGCGAACUGGAAAAGUGCGGUUGGCGAUGUAUAAGAAGUACUUCAAGACCAUCGGCCUGGCCUUCAUCAUCUCCAUCGUCUUCCUGUAUGCCUUUCAGCAGGGCGCCUCGUUAGUCUACAACUACUGGCUCAGCAUGUGGGCUGACGACCCCAUUGUUAACGGCACCCAGAUUGAUACAGACCUGAAACUGACUGUGUUUGGGGCUCUGGGCUUUGCACAAGGUGUUGCCAUCUUUGGUACGACGGUCGCCAUCUCCAUCUGCGGCAUCAUCGCCUCCCGCCAGUUGCACAUGGACCUGCUGAUGAAUGUGCUGCGGUCUCCCAUGUCCUUCUUUGAGUGCACGCCCAGUGGCAACCUACUCAACCGCUUUGCCAAGGAGAUCGACGCCAUCGACUGCAUGGUGCCCGACGGUUUGAAAAUGAUGCUGAGCUACGUCUUUAAACUCAUGGAGGUCUGCAUCAUCGUGCUGAUGGCCACGCCGUUCGCUGCCGUGAUCAUCCUGCCUCUCGCUUUCCUAUACGCCUGUGUCCAGAGCUUCUACGUCGCCACAUCCUGUCAGCUGCGCAGGCUGGAAGCUGUGAGCCGCUCGCCCAUUUACACCCACUUCAAUGAGACGGUGCAGGGCGCUGGCGUCAUCCGGGCCUUCGGGGAGCAGUCCAGGUUCAUUCAGCAGGCCAAUAAGAGGGUCGACUUCAAUCAGACGUCUUACUUCCCGCGAUUCGUGGCCACCCGGUGGCUGGCAGUCAACCUGGAGUUUGUGGGUAAUGGUGUGGUCUUAGCGGCUGGCAUUCUGUCCGUGAUGGGAAAAAACACACUGAGCCCAGGCAUCGUUGGAUUGGCUGUGUCGCAUUCCCUCCAGGUGACUGGAAUCCUGAGCUGGAUUGUAAGAUCCUGGACCGAUGUGGAAAAUAACAUUGUUUCUGUGGAGAGAGUCAGUGAGUAUGCUGACACUGCUAAAGAGGCCAGUUGGAACACUGAAGGCAGCUCCCUGCCUCUGGCCUGGCCUCAGAGAGGUACUAUAGAGUUUCAGAACUAUGGGCUGCAGUAUCGUAAAGGCCUUGAGCUGGCUCUGAAAGGCAUCACCUUGGAUAUUCAUGAAAGAGAGAAAGUUGGAAUUGUAGGUCGAACAGGAGCCGGGAAGUCUUCACUCGCCUUGGGAAUCUUCAGGAUCUUAGAGGCAGCGAAGGGGAAGAUCUUCAUAGACGGAGUCAACAUUGAAGAAAUCGGACUCCACGACCUUAGAUCACGCAUUACUAUCAUUCCUCAGGACCCCGUGCUGUUCUCAGGAUCCCUCCGAAUGAACCUCGACCCCUUCGACACCUACACGGAUGAAGAGGUGUGGAGUUCACUGGAGCUGGCUCACCUCAAGAACUUUGUCUCCAAUCUGCCCGACAAACUCAACCACGAAUGUUCAGAGGGAGGAGAAAACCUCAGUCUGGGUCAGCGCCAGCUCGUGUGCUUGGCCAGAGCCUUGCUGAGGAAAACCAAGAUCCUGGUACUGGACGAGGCGACAGCAGCUGUAGAUCUGGAGACAGACACACUCAUCCAGUCCACAAUCCGCACACAGUUUGAAGACUGCACUGUCCUGACCAUCGCUCACCGCCUUAACACUAUCAUGGACUACACUAGAGUGAUCGUAAUGGACAGAGGCCACAUUUCCGAGAUGGACACUCCCGCCAACCUCAUCGCACAACGGGGACAGUUCUACCGGAUGUGCCGGGAGGCCGGGCUGGUCUAGGCUUUCUCUGGGCCUCGUACCCUUGGAGCUGGUGGCGUGGCGUGCAGACGUGGCACCUUAUUCAUGUGGCUCUAUGACAUUUGUUCAAUCGGGCCAUUCCAAGAUUUAUGGCAGCUCAAAUCUUCCUGUCCAGGAGGGCAUUGUCGACGAAUCUCAAGAGCAGCUGCUGACACCUUCCCUACAGAAUAUGUUGGUUUUAUAACACACACACAAGGAGACACGCUGUCUUAAGUCAGGAAAAGACAUUGUUAACCUCAGAUGAUGAACAAUCAAAAGAAAACUACAGUCAACUGUAGACUCUCCAAGCUUAAAAUAUUGUAUAUAGAGUAGUGGAGUCAGUUUAUUCCGUGAAAAUUAUUAAGUCAAAGGCUGGAAUGAAAGAGGACAAUAAAUCUAAAGGAUUUUCCUUCUCUUUUUGAAUGGGAGCUAUACUAUUUUUAUAGUUUUUGUAAGUGUUUAUAAGCACAUGGCAUAAUUUUUAAUGUUCUCUCAGGCUUAAACGUUGAUGUUUACUUGUACUUUUUUUUUUUGCCUUGCGUACCAAUGAAGAGGCAAUUUUGCAAUUGUAAAUUGAUAGAAAUCUAUUGUUGCCUUCUUGUCCCAGAAACUGGGGCAGAAGCUACGCUGACACACUAACCUUCAAAAGGUUGACCCUGGCAAAUACAGGGGAAGUGAGGUUUUUGCAGGCCUUCAAAAUCUGAGCCCGGUGCGGCCAAUUUGGAGUUUUUAUAUGUUAGCGGCAAAGAGGACAACAUUGAAGUGAGCCAAAGCAUAAGCAACUGUCCAACUAUGUUGUGGCUGUUGUUUAUUUCUGUAAAAGUAAACAUAUAAAAAGUGAAUAGAGACCUCACUGGUCAGACUUAACCUGACGCCAGUAUUGAAAACCACCACGAAUGAAGAGAAUGUCUCUUCAAAACAAUGGUGAUAAAUCUUUGUGUGAUUAUCUCUGUGCCUCCACCACACAAAUUCAGGCCAUAUGGACAGAGAGGAGAUAAAAUCACUAUGUUGGUGCUGACAUAACAGACUGUAUAUAGUCCACAUUGACCGUUACUCUCAAUUCAAAGAAAGAACCCUAUGAACUUUUCAAAGAGAAGAGGCAUUUGCUGUUUUUUGUCUUACUGGUUUAGACAAUAUAUUCUCAGAGAAACCCUAUGGUUUAUUUAUGUCAAAUGACAAAAUGUAGUUUUCUUAACAUUCUGAGGAUUGUAUUAUAUUUAUACUUUUUAUAGCUAGCUUUUUAUUUUUCACUGACCUUUUACUGUUAAUGUACUGUCAUGUUACAUACAUCAUGCUGGAUAAAUAAAAUAUAUUUGGAUCUACGCUGGGAUUUGUGUUUUUGUGACAUAAAGUGCAUAAACAGUCGUGCUCUAAUGCAGUGCUUGGGGCAAACAGAACAGACAG